AUGACUUUGUCCAGAUUUCUGCCUAAGAUUGGGCUUGACAGGGAUGUCUUUAUGAACUUGAAAGGAAAAUCAGUUUCUUUGUUAACCGUUGGUUUUUAUUCCAUGGAAUGGGUUCUUUACUUCGCAAUAUUCAUAUUUGCACAAAUGUUCAGGAGAUUAGUGCAUCCGAGAUUCUCCGACUUCAGCUUAAUGGAUUCUCAGAUCUCCCACGUGACGUAUAAUCAGAGACAGUUAUUGUUUCCAAGACUCUUUAUUCUUCUAACAACAGGGGGUCUCACAACUUUGACAGCCGGAGCCUUGAAUGCAUUCAGUCCAACAUAUACGAUGAGUAGAAGAUGGUGGAAUAGUCAUUCUUCCUUCUUAACAAUUUUGGGAACCAACGCUAUGCAAAGUGUCAUUGUGGCUAUUUUGAAAAAUGUCACAGGAAAGCCUAGACCAGAUUUAGUUAGCAGAUGUCAACCCUCUUUACAGAACGUUGGGCAAUUACAAUUCAACAUUGACAUUAGUUCAUGUACAACAACGGAUCUUAGGGCUUUGUCAGAUGGUUUUAGAAGUUUCCCAAGUGGAACUUCUGCCACAGCUUUUUCGAAUUUAGCAUUAUUGACCUUUUUCAUUUUAUCGAGGUUAAAUAUCUAUCAAUAUCCAACAACUUCAAAUUCACUUUCACUUUCAGUAGUUGGAUUUCCUUUGGUUCUAGCUUCUGUGAUCAGCCUUUCUACCUUAGCGGAUAACAGGCAUUUCCUUUCUGAUAGCAUUUUUGGGGCCCUUGUUGGAAUCGGCAGUGCUAUGCUCGUUUACAGGCAAUAUUUCCCCGCAAUUUGGAGAAGCCCACAAUCCUUGGUAAUGCCAAAUGGGAAAGUUGCUGAAGAAGAUUUGUCAUUAGCUUAUGAACCAAAAAGGUUUUUCAGUGAUCAAAGUGCCAAAUGGAAAGUUGAUCCAAUAGAAUCUAAAAGUGAAGAAGCUGUCUCAGGGACGAUUAGCGCUAAUAAUCUGACUAGAAGAAGCUUUCCAACUCGUAGUCAAGUAACUGUUUGA